AUGUCUGAUUCAGAGAGCUCCCCCACGCAGGUGCCCGACGGUCAGCCGGACCCGGUACUCGUGGGACCGGGGCUAACGGCCUUAAAGCAAGCGGCCUAUAUCGAUGCUACCAAUGCCACCCCGAGCUUAGAUACCGACAAAAAGAAUCAACUGGAUAGCGAUGGACCAUCAUACUUUGCCAAUAUUCCCGGAACUAAAACCGAGGGAUUGGAUCCAUCAGAUCUAUCCUCCAUCUCAAAGGAGUUGCAGGGGAAAUCGCCGUCGGGACAAGACUUAUUACGACGCCUAAGCUUAGUAGGAGAAUCAUCUCCCAUCUUAUCGGAGGUGGACCCCAGGACCCAACAUCCUGAAUUAAAGCUGAGUGGUCGAUUGAUAAGUGCAGCCUUCUGUAUUCCAUACAAGCUUCAAUUUCAAGCAGACGCCGACUGGUCCAUCAAGUCCCGCUCUGGUUCUUCGGCCUUGUUUGAUUCAUUCGCCCACCUUGCCUCGGAUGAGACCCCCUGGUCACAUACUUUGGUGGGAUGGACUGGAGAGGUUGAACCCAUUAUAGAUGCCAAGGUUCCCUUGCAACCCAUCCCCGCCAACAAGUUGCCGCCUGGGUCAAAGAAUCCAACCCCCGUCCCUAUUAACAAAGCCGCGGCACCGAUCCCCGUAAAUGCAACCCAGAAGCCUCCAUCGCACCCUUUAGUCGAUGGAAUUAGUGUCGGACGACAAGACCGAGAGAGACUGGAUAGUCAACUAGCCUCGGGGCGACACGGCCGGAUAUUGCCAGUCUGGUUAUCUGACGCAUCAGAGGAGCCAGAAGACACUAUUGUUCUCAAGGAUCAAGGACGAUGGCGACGAUAUGCCGAGAGAGAGCUCUACCCUCUCCUACACUACAAGCAGCAUGGUCCGACGGAUGGACGCUCGGAGCGACGGUGGUGGGCUGAUUAUGUCCGACUGAACCAGUUAUUCGCCGACCGUAUCGUGCAAGAUUAUAAAGAGGGUGAUGUCGUGUGGGUUCAUGACUAUCAUCUGUUUCUUCUACCCAGUCUGCUUCGACAGCGGAUCCCCGACAUCUACAUAGGAUUCUUUCUUCAUUCUCCUUUCCCAAGUAGUGAGUUUGUGAGAUGCUUGGCUAAGCGCAAGGAGAUUUUGACUGGUGUUCUUGGUGCAAACAUGAUCGGUUUCCAGACAUUCUCAUACUCCCGACACUUCUCUUCCUGCUGCACACGUGUUUUGGGCUUUGAUUCCAACUCGGCCGGUGUGGAUGCAUACGGAGCUCAUGUCGCAGUGGAUGUAUUCCCCAUCGGAAUCGAUGCCCGUGCAAUCCAAAAGGCUGCCUUUGGUGCCCCGGAGAUUGAGAAGGCAGUGGCAGGUAUUCGCAAACUGUAUGCUGGGCGCAAAAUCAUCGUUGGCCGAGACCGGCUGGACAGCGUGCGGGGUGUGGCACAAAAGCUUCAGGCAUUUGAGCUAUUCCUGGAGCGGUACCCUGAAUGGCGAGAAAAGGUUGUCCUCAUUCAGGUAACCAGCCCAACCAGUAUGGAAGAAGAGAAAGAGGAUCCAGAGAACAAGAUUGCCGGUCAGAUUUCCAAUCUGGUAUCUACGAUCAAUGGUCGCUUUGGCUCACUGAGCUUCUCACCCGUGCAAUACUAUCCACAGUACCUAUCACCCCACGAAUACUUUGCUCUAUUGCGCGUGGCCGACGUCGGGCUCAUUACCACGGUACGAGACGGCAUGAACACCACCAGUUUGGAGUAUAUCGUCUGCCAGCAAACAAACCACAGCCCCCUCAUUCUCUCUGAAUUUUCUGGUACUGCAGGUACCCUUCCUAGCGCAAUCCACAUCAACCCGUGGGACUUGGUGGGUGUUGCGGGUGCCAUUGAUCAAGCUCUCAAGAUGCCCGCACCUCAGCGGAGAGAGCAACACCUGAAGCUCUACAAGCAUGUUCUUACCAACACAGUGAGCGCCUGGUCGCGCCAGUUCCUUCACCGGUUGCUCACAAACCUCUCGUCGUUUGAUCAAUCCGUUGCUACACCAGCCUUGGACCGUGCGAAAGUAGUCAAGCAAUAUCGCAAAGCACGGAAACGCCUUUUCAUGUUCGACUACGAUGGCACGCUGACACCCAUUGUGAAGGAUCCGCAAGCGGCCAUUCCAUCCGACCGUGUCCUACGUACCCUCAAAACGUUGUCCGCCGACCCUCGUAAUGCUGUUUGGAUUAUUAGCGGCCGAGACCAGGCUUUCUUGGAUGAAUGGAUGGGUCAUAUCCCCGAGCUAGGACUUAGUGCCGAGCAUGGCUGCUUCAUCCGUCAGCCGGGCUCCGACGACUGGAAGAACCUGGCUGAUAAGCCCGACAUCAAAGAAUGGCAAAAAGAUGUCUUUGAUGUCUUCCAGCAUUAUACCGAACGGACCGGGGGAUCAUUCAUUGAGCGAAAACGAGUGGCACUGACCUGGCAUUACCGUCGGUCUGACCCGGAGUACGGCAAAUUCCAAGCCCAGGAGUGCCGGAAGGCAUUGGAAGACACCGUAGCCAAGAAGUGGGAUGUGGAGGUCAUGGCAGGCAAAGCAAACCUUGAAGUUCGGCCCACGUUUGUCAACAAAGGUUUCAUCGCCACGCGAUUGGUGAAUGAAUAUGGCACGGGGCCUGGCCAAGCGCCCGAGUUCAUCUUGUGCUUAGGAGACGAUUUUACGGAUGAAGAUAUGUUCCGUGCGCUCCAGAAGUUUGACCUGCCGCAAGACCACGUCUAUUCAGUGACGGUGGGUGCUAGCUCGAAGCAAACGGACGCUAGCUGGCACUUGCUGGAACCGGCUGAUGUGAUCAACACUAUUCAAAUGCUUAAUCACAGUUCCAAUCAGGACCAUUGA